AUGCGAAUUCAUUCAGCAAUUGCUCUCCGGAAGCUAUUCACCAGAAACUCUCUCCGAAUCCCUCGGAAUCUAAGCAUUAUCUCUUCUCCGGUCUCCAUAAACUCACUCGGCGAUGUCUCCGGUAAAAUCGGAGCUCAAUCACCUUCUCCCUACUCGAAUUCCUCUAUCUCAGAAGCAUCAUUUAGCUCACUAAUAUUCCGGAUCCCAAAUUCUUCAUCCAAACUCUUCAACGAGAAUCAGAGGAGAUUCGGCACCGACUCUGGUUCGCCGCCAGAUGUGAACAAGGUGGUGGACGAGAUCAAUCUCAAGUUCGCAGAGGCGCGUGAGGAGAUCGAAAUGGCGAUGGAUGCGAAAGAGACGGUUUACUUCAACGAGGAGGCGGAGUGCGCGAGAACCGCCGUGACGGAGGUUCUGGAGAUGUUUUCUGGUUUGCUCGAGAAGGUAACAGAGAAAGAGAAAGCCUCCCUGCAGCGAUCCAUGGGACUCAAGAUCGAACAGCUCAAAGCUGAGCUAGAGCAGCUUAACGAAUGA